CAGAUUUAUGCUCCUGAUACUGGUCAUUGCGUCUACAGCCUUUCCGAUCAAGAUACACUUAACAGUCAUCUCCCAGUCACUUGUCUUCGCUGGAAGUCGAGAGCAGAUACAGAUAGUUACGGAAAUAUUUUGCUAGCAACCUGUGAGUUUUCAUUCUAACCAGGCUAUAGUAUGCUGCUCACUCUACAAGCGCGUAAAGUGUAGCGUGAGAAGUGCGAUUUUUUUUUUCAUGAAUCUACAUUGCAAGGAACAGUUUGUCAUUUAUGUUAAUCCUUAAAAUGAUCGUGCACUGUUUACAUUGACCAUUUCAAAACAAUAGUCGCAGUUUCGGACAUUUGUUUUGUUCGCUAAUGCAAGUAAAAAUUACCCAAUUUUCAUUCUCAUGCAAAUUAGAAUAUCAAUAAAUUAUACACAGCUGAACAAAAGUUAUACAUGUAUAAUUGUUUUCUUUUGAAAUCAAUCAUAGACCUCUCAGCUGUGCUGAGAAAGCUCCUAUCAGAAUUGCUCCUCCAUUAAAAAAAGAAACAAAAGUUUAAGCAGCCUUAAGGUGAUGUUACAUAGGACGAUUCACAACGAUUUUUAGCGGAACACAGCGUUGCAAUGUUGGAACAAUGUUGUAAGGAUUCUAUGAAAAUGUUGCAACAAUGUUGCAGUGCUGUGUUGGGCUAAAAAUCAUUGUGGCGAAUCGUCUUGUGUAACAUCACUUUUAGUUACUGUAACAAUACUUAAGGGUCAACUGUUUUUUUUUUAAUGAAACAAAACUGGUACAUUGUGUCCAACCCUUCCAGAGUGCACUAACAUGACUUUCUUUGCCUUUGCAGGACAGUCAGAAUUCUUAAUCUUUGCUCCUUAGAAUAGCUUACCAGGCACCCUGAAUUUCAUAUGUUUACUGCCUUUGGGCCCCCUACAGUUUUCCCUAGAGUCUGUAAUAAUGUACAUUUGUAUACCACAGGGUUGAGAGCUCUCAGGUAGUACCAUAGAGGUUUUAGCUUUAAGUUGGCAGGAUUUCAAAGGGGAACUGUGUGGGUUUGAUCCUCAUGUGGACCUUUAUGGAUUGUCCAACCACCAUCCCGCCCUUGUCGGGAUCGCCCCAGUUUUUCUUGAAAAUCCCCCAGACCAAUAUGCAAGGAUACAGUAUUUGGAUAUAAAGUGAGCGUCUCAUCUUGUCAACUUCAUCAUCAUUCCAUCAGCGUCAUCAUCAUCAUCACCAACAUUAUCAUCGUCUUUUUCAUCAUCAUCAUCAUCAUCAUUGUUAACAGUAUCACUUACUGCGCUUUUCACAAACAUGCGAACUCUAAAGUUCAAAAGCCGCCUUCACAAUUGCAUUUUUUGCUGCCGUCUGUUAUAAAAAUUACAAUCACAAGCAAUGAAUCUUGAAACACAGAAACUCACAAAACAGAUCAAAAUCCACCAAUCAGAAAUCACAAUCCAUGACCUUUUGAACCCGUUAAAGUAAAGUUUUGUUUCCUAAGAGGUCCGUUAAGAUGAUUGACGGCAGUGAAAAACACAAUGGUCAGUUGGCUUUUGAACUUGAAAUUUGCAUGUCUGUGAAAAGCGCAGUAAAUAAAGUGAGGUCACAUAUAUUUGGCAUAGCCCCUCAAUGGUUGUACAGUGUGGUAUGUUCAUCUGUGUUGUCUCUUUGCUAUCUGUAGAUGCUGAUGGUAAAAUCAAACUAUGGCAUAUAUCAACGAGUUCUUGUUUGAGAACAAUGACAGAACCUUCCAAACAAAUCCUAGCCUGUGCAUUCAGUCCAUCUGGAGACAGAUUUGUUACUGCUGGGUCAGACACAAAGUUAAAUGUGUAUGAUGAAAAAACCAAUCAAAUUAUCCACACCCUUCAACCAAGGUACGGCAUCAGUGUUUCUUUAAAUAUUUCAAAAGGUACCCUGUAAGCCAUAAGAGUGAUCAGCAUCAAAGUUCUCCCUAUGAUAUCAAUGCUCUAUGAAACAAAUAGGUGACAUGAAUUAAGGAACAUGAUUACACAAGAUGGAUGUUGGUGAUGCUUUUAACAACCUCUCCCUGCCAUAUAAUAAAUGUAUAGAUACAACAAAUGAGAAUAUGAAUUUUGAUAUAAAUUUAGGGUUUAAAGGUUAAUGAGCGAACUGUUUAGCUUUCUUAUUAUCUUUUUGCACAGUGAAUGUGUUCAGUUUGUGGACAAAAAUUUGAUUACUUAAGGUUUUAAAUAAGGUUUUAAGUAGGUGACAAAAGCUUUGGAGUAGGGGGAGAAGGAAAAAACUCGCUACACAGGUAAGAUUUGCAAGCACCGGAAGUGCAAAAUACUAGGGGGGUCCAUCCAGGGGCAUGCUCCCUGGUAAAAUUUUGAAAUCUGGGCCUCUAAGGGCACUUUCCAAAAGUCAGAACUGGCCGGCCGGACCAUGGUCGGACCAGACAUUUUGACAAUGAAAUUGGCUUUUUUCAAGAGGUUUUGCUGAAAAACCAUCUCCUUUGAGCAUAAUAUUUAGGAUUUGACUGAUCUGGAUGGUUAGGUUUGAUUAAAAGUUAAAUUCUCAUUACGAUGGGAAUGGGCUGGCCGGUCAGUUCUGACAAAUGGAAAGCGCCCUUCGAGUGCAUUUCCAGCAUUCUGGAGCAAAAAUUAGAAUAUUUGAACAAAACACAGUUAUCAAUAAAAUUUUGCUUUUUGGGGAAUAAUUACCAAAGAAAAGUAGGUGGCGUGUUCAUGGCGGAAAUAGCCGACAAAUUUCACCAGCCGCUGGCUCUUAUUGAGAACUCUGAUUACUUACUGCAUACUACAAUAUUUAACAGCUCAUCACACUUAGUGAUGGAUGGUCACAUGAGCCGUGUAUUCAGUGUGCAGUUCACCCCAGGACAGGAUCAUGAAUUCCUAUCAGGAGGCUGGGAUGAUACAGUUCAGGUUAGUAAUGCUUCCUUGAUGCCUGCUUUUAGGUACAGGGCUCGAAAGAAGUCCCAUCCGGUCGUUCAGGACGAGCAGAUUUUCUUCUGGGGCAACUAACUUUGGAAUUCAAGUUUUUUUCGAGCUCUGAGGUAGUGCUCUGGAAAGCACAAAAUAUAAGAAACAAAUAUGAAUGUUCACAGAAGAGUUUAUAUAGCUGCUAUAUUUGUAUAUAGUUAUUGUCAUAGUCAAGCUGCUUGGCAAACAUUAGAAUAAUAUCAUUACCUUGGAAAACAUAAAACAAACCAGCCACUGGAGAGUAUCAUUCAGUGGAUAACUUCAUUUGAGUACAUGCAUGUACAUGUGGGUAGUCUCCAAGUGCAUAAUUGUUCUGCCCAACCUCUUCUACUGUAGUUUCCUGUGGUGCAGUCUGAUGAUUACUUAGUACCUGAAACUUUAAAUAUAUGUCUUAGAAUUAUUGUCCAUCUUGAAUUUGUAUGGUGAAUCAACCUUAAGAAAUGCCGCCUGUAUACAUUGAUUAAGAGUAUUUCAUCUGGUUAGAAAAAAUAACCAAGAGUUUAAAUAAUAAUAAAUUAUAAUGAUCGUGAUGAGGAUGCCAGAUGAUGAUAGUGAUAUUAUUAUAAUAUUGAGAAUUUAAACAACUUUUUCUUUACUCUUUUUUAAGCAUUGGAAAUAAAAGUCUUCCAUGUGUAUAAUCAGUAUAGUAAAUUUAGCCAAAAUUGAUUUUUAUUGUAGGUUGUUCAGUUUAAUUCUUGUGCUUUAAAAUUUGUCUUACAGUUUUGGGACACAAGAGUUGAUACCAAGCACAGUGUGAGGUACUUAGUAUAAGAUAUAAAAAUAUGCUAACUACUUGUGUUUUGAUGUUAUUUGUUUUGUUUUGUUUUUGCCAUUGUUAGUCAUUUAACCUGUCUCAAGAGUAACCAAUAUCAAUUUUCUCCUAUCAAGAGAAAUGGUUAUGAGAAUUGAUCAAAUGAUCACCAAAAGGAAAAUGCUUUGAUCUUUUAUCAAAUUAUCUCAACUUAUUCCUAAAGGAAAUGUAUGGACAUCAACCUGAAGAAUUUAAGUGUAGUUAUUGGGGAUUAAAGGGUUUAUUAUACUUUUUUUCUUAUAAGAAAGAUCUUUGGACCUCACAUCUGUGGAGAUGCACUUGACAUCCAGUCAGUAAGUGUGUCUGGUUCCAGUCAGCAAAUCCUUACAGGUUCAUGGAGAAAAGACAACACUCUUCAAAUCUGGGACUAUGGUUCGGGCAAGCUCAUAAAGAACGUGCCAUCUGAUUACAAUGGCAGUAUGGUAUGUUAAUUAACAACUGGGUGCACAUAAUGUCUUCGCUUAUUUUCUAGAUUUACUGUUCAUGGUUUCUUAAAAAUCAAUUGAAAAUGGACCAUUUAUGUAUAGCGGAAUACCCCUUUAAGCAAAGGUGUUUUUGAGCGAUGCAUGUCAGAUAGCUGUGAAGUCUUUUCCCUCUUUAUAUGCCUAUGAUCUUAGAACAGCUACUAAAAAUUUGUAUUUCUAAGUUUCUUUACUGUUAUAGAAAAGAUUUGCCUAAAAAUGUGGACAAAACCACUGCCCAAGAAUGCAAAAAGUCCACUUCCUGUUGAUGUUUGUCACUUAAAAUGUGUUUUCUUAAGCUUUCUAAGGUAUUAAAGAGAGUGUUCAUUCACCUUAACUAUGUACAGAAAAUGACCUAAUCUGUGUGCUUUGAGAAGUGCUUCUUUUUUCUAAUGAUGUCUUCCUGUUUCUUUGUAGCUCUACUGUGCUCAGUGGCAAGGUCCAGAUAACAUUAUUGCAGGUGGUAGCGACAACAACAUGAUGAGAUGUGUUGAUCAAAGCACACUUCAGGUAAGUGCUUUGGUUGGUUGUUCAUAAGCAAAGUUUGUUUGCUUAAAGGAGGUGUGUCAUGAAAUUCAGCCAAAUUAGGAAAUUACAAGAUGCCCAUUAAAUUAAGAGAAACAUAAAAAUAACCGCUUAAAACUUUAAAGGGAGGUUAAAAUAACAUAACAGAAACAACAGAUGCCAUGGAUGGGCAAAACUGAAGAACAUGGAACGGAUUGAAAUUAGGGUUUUUGAAAACUGUUCAGCCUAACAGUUUUUCAAAGUUGAUCCCUGCUUCUUGCAACUUCAAAAAUAAUUCCCAGGAGACAUAUUUGUUUGUCUCGGAUCUCUUUAAGUUCCAUAGCGAUCGAGGGCGAGUAAAUGGCAAAAUUAAACAAAAUGAACUGGACUGCCGUGACACAGCUCCUUUAAGUCAGUUGUUAAAAGCUGGCAGUGCAUAUGUGCAACAUUGUCAUAAUUUUUAAUUUUUCUGGAGAUCAAGGGAAUUUGGAUACUGGAAUCUAACUUAGUGGGCCAUUGUUCACAUCAUAAUUAUCAUUGUGAUUGUGUAAUUGCUGUCAUCAUCAUCAUUGUCAUCAUUAUUAUUAUCACUGCUGUCAUUAUUAUCCUCCUCCAACUAAUAUAUCCUUCAGUAGCUACUUUUGUUCAUCAGGUUUGUGCCUAAUUAUAGGCUCAGAAAUGAAACAGUUCACUUCAGUAUCUAUUUCUUUUGUAGACAACUGGACGCCUGGUUGAUUUGCCACGUGCUGUGUAUACUGUUGAUUAUGACAGGCAUUCUCUCAACCCAGUCAUAGCAGCCGGAACUUCCAACUUUGUUUAUCUUGUGAAGAGGACUUGA